AUGGGAGUGAAAUCUGGGUCUCGCCGCUUCGUGGGCGCCCGGCGCGAUGGCGAGGGGGCAGCUGUCGGGGGCGCCUGGGGGGCCCUGGUGCUGCUGGGGCUGAUGCUGCCGGCGGCGCCGGCGGGCGCCUGGUACAAGCACGUCGCCAGCCCCCGGUACCACACGGUGGGGCGCGCCUCGGGGCUGCUCAUGGGGGUCCGCCGCUCCCCUUACCUCUGGCGCCGGGAGCUGCCGGCCGAGCCCCCCCGCCGCCCCGGGGGAGCCGCGCCCGCCGCCGCCCCCCGCCGCCCCCGGGCCGCCCCGCCGGGGAGACCCCGCGCCCGCCCACCGCCGCCGCCGCCGCCCGGCCCCGGCCGCCUCCUGCAGCGCCUGCUCCGGCGGGGCUGGGGCUGGGGCGGCCCCCGCCCGGCCCCCGCCCGGUCCCCGCCCGGUCCCCGCGGAGCUCAGCUUCUCCCGCUUGAAGACAUGGCUCUGAUCCACUGAAGGGGCCCAGCAGAGAUGCUUCAAGCGCUGGAGGAGCAUUGACUGCCCGAGGUGGAAGCCGUUCACCCCAGCUGGCAAGGAAGAGUCUCGUCUGCGGAUCUCCUGGUACUCUGACCUCUCUGAAACCACACAGACAAUUGCAUUCCAAAAAAUCUGAUUUUUCAUGGCCGCUGUCCAGACGCAGCGGUAAAUUCAUCUUGUUUUCAGGUCAACCUAGUGCUAUAAACUUGGGGAGAAAUAAACAGGGAAGAUAUUUAUUUUUGUUUAUUUUUUUUAGAUUUCUGUACUAGCUUGUUUGCAAUAUGAUACAAACAUGUACUGUUUGCUUCCUAGGAACCUGCCCUCAUUAAAAUGAGAAUUGA